ACGGCCUGAACUCCGAGAAGUCCUCUCCACUGUCCUCUCCGCCCCGCCCAGGGCUCUCUCUCUCUCUAGUCUCUAUUCCGAUUGUGCCGCCUCCCAAGGCCAAGGCCAAGGCCAACUCAAAGGAGCAAGAGUAGAGAGUCUAUCAAUCAAAAUGGCCCAAGAAGAAGGCGAACCCGCACUCUCCGAUUCUCUAUUAGAUCCAUCUCUAUCUCUCUCCCGAACCGUUUCCUUUAGCCGCCGCCUCAAUGCCCAGGCCCCCGAGUUCGUCCCCAAUCGCACCUCCGCCGCCCCACCCGCAGUGGUACCACCUCCUCCUCCUGUCGCUCAGGUCCACGUCUACUCUCCGCCUCCCACGCCUUUCCAUGUUCCGAUCCAGGUCGUCCCUCCUCCUCCGCCUCCUCACGUGGUGCCCGUCCAUCACCGUCAUCACUUGCCGGUUCAGUACCAUCAUCAUCAUCAUCAGUAUUACGCUGCUGGAUUUGCCGGAGACCAAGAGCCGCCGCCGCCGCCGCCAGAGGAUCAACCUCCGCCGGAUCACGCUGCCUCCUCCAAGUCUCACAAGCUUUCCGAUGAAGCCACUUCCAAGAUUUUGAAUCAGGUGGAGUAUUAUUUCAGUGAUCUGAACUUAGCUACUACUGAUCAUCUUAUGAGGUUCAUAAACAAAGACCCUGAAGGAUUUGUGCCAAUAUCUGUUGUUGCAUCUUUCAAGAAGAUUAAGGCCCUCGUAAGUAGUCAUUCCCAGCUUGCAACUGUAUUGCGGAACUCCUCAAAGCUUGUAGUACAUGAAGAUGGGAAGAAGGUCAGACGCCAGCAUCCCCUGACUCAGUCAGAUAUGGAAGAGUUGCAAUCUCGCAUUGUUGUUGCUGAAAAUUUGCCUGAGGAUCAUUGCCACCAAAACCUGAUGAAGAUUUUCUCUGCUGCUGGGAGUGUGAAGACAAUUCGUACCUGCCAGCCGCAAACCUCAAAUAGUAAUUCUUCCUCAGCAUCCAGAUCAGCAAAAGCAGAUGGCAUGCAUUUCAGUAACAAGUUGCAUGCAUUUGUGGAAUAUGAAUCCCCUGAGCUGGCGGAGAAAGCUGUGGCCGAACUUAAUGAUGAGGGGAACUGGAGGAGUGGACUUAGAGUACGAUUAAUGCUUAAACGCAUGUCAAAACCUGGUCAAGUGCGAGGGAAAAAGGGGCAGGAUGGGGAACUGCAAUUAGAGGAAGAGGAUGCUUCUACACAUGAACAAAUACAUCAUGCCAAUGAGAAACAAUCAGAAGAUUCUUCCCGGCAAUUUGAUGCUCAUUCACAUGAACAAGGAGAGGAACAUGCGAAUGAUAAGGAGGGUGGACAAAGGAAAGCGCGUAAUCGACAAGGAGGACGCGGCAAGGGGCGUGGGCGGGGUCAAUACCACCACAAUAAUCGAAAUCAUGUUGGGACUCCUCACAACAGUUCAAUUGGUAGUAGUGAGCAGCCGGGUAUAGGUGUAGGUGUAGCCAGACAGCCUCCUGGACCUCGUAUGCCAGAUGGCACAAGAGGAUUUGCAAUGGGUCGGGGGAGGCCAGUUGCUGUUAAUAUUGCAGAAUGACUGCGCAUUUCAUAGAAGUUUUCAUGUUUUCUACAUUUUGUAUCGGUGGCUGCAUGAGGAACUAUGUCUUCUCGUCUGUUGGUUGAUGGCAAGGUUUUACAAGGGCUGUCAAUCCAACGUAGUUUAAAGGUCACUUGUCAGUGUACGUUGAUUUAUUUUUCUCACUGGUUUGUAUUCAGGUAAAGAUGAUGCAGGAGCAAUUGUGAUUUUACCUUUCCUUCAUUGUAGGUAAAGAAAAAUGUGAGGAACCAUAAUUACCUAUAGAUAAAUGUGAGUGAAAAGACAUUGGAAUAGAGCUGUUCA